GGGGGAGUUGGAAGAGAUCGGGCGAUGGAGAGGAUGGCGGAGCAGUUGCGCCAGUUUCAGGACAAGGUGGAGGGAAGGCCAGAGAGGAGAGCUCGAGGAUAUCCCUUUUCGAGGGAGAUUCUCGCUGCUCCUUUGCCGAACAAUUUCAAGGAGACCAACUUGUUGUAUAACGGGUCUUCUGACCCGUCGAGUCAUGUGAGGACCUUUGAAAAUAUGGCUGUGUUACAUGGAUAUUCUGAUUCUGUUUGUUGCAGGGCGUUUCUAUCGACCUUGCGCAGAGGAGCCCUUGAUUGGUUUCACCAGUUGCCCUCUGGGUCGAUUGUGGAUUUUGAGGAUUUUGCCAGCAAGCUUACCAAUCAAUAUUCGAGAGAGGUGGCGCAUGAGAAAACGUAUUUGACGUUGAUGGCGAUGAGGCAGGGAGAGAAGGAUUCAUUGAGGAAGUAUGUCGCUCGAUAUAAACAGACGUGUUUGGAGGUGCAUUCGGCUUCAGAUGAGGUAAAGGCGGGAGGAUUGAUAAGAAGUCUUCGAGCAGGGCCUUGCCGAAUUUCCCUGGCAAAGACCCCUGCUCGAUCAUAUGAGGAGGUCUUGAAGUGGUGCAGGAAGUAUAUUAAUUUGGAAGAAAUAGAGGUAGAAUUCGCGAAGUUGGAAGGGCCGGCUCGACCAGAGCCGAAGAAGGAGCAAAGCCCACCAAGAGGGAGGUCGCCGAGGAGGAGUUCGCCCAAAAGAAGUGGGUCAAAAAAGAUAUCACCCAGGGGGAAGGAAGGAGGCGAUGGAGAUGGUCGAGGAAAGAAGCCGAGGAGAGAUGGCGAUAAGGGAGGGCACGGAGAAGAAGCCCCGAUGAAGAGAGGGGCGAUUUACAUGAUUUUCGGUGGGCCAACAGAUGGCGACUCGAAUAGGGCCAGGAAUGAGCAUGCUCGAGCUGUGAAAAGGAAGAGAGAGGAGGUGGGGAUCACGGCACGCAUGCCGGUGAUAAGUUUUAAGGCGGAGGAUACCGAGGGAGUGGUCCUACCUCACAACGAUGCUCUGGUGAUAACCGCAGAGGUUGCAGGUUUUGAUGUGAAAAGGGUGUUUAUCGAUACCGGGAGUUCGGUAGACGUGAUGUUCUAUGACUGUUUUGUGCAAAUUAACAAGGAGCUGAAUAUGGAGUUGAAACCGGUGACCACGACACUCUACGGCUUUAACGGGGGAGAGGUUAUGCCGAUGGGGGAGGUCAGUCUGCCCGUGGCGCUGGGAUCAGGAGAGCUGAGGAUGGUGUGCAUGGUGAGGUUUGUGGUCGUAGGAGCGGAAUCAUAUUAUAACAUCAUCAUGGGGCGGACGAGCUUGAAUGCGUUCCAUGCGGUC